AUGCAAAGCCAAAUCACCACAUGUCAACUCAUAUCCCUGAACUCUUUAUGUGCUGGGGACCUGCCCCAUCCUGUGCCACAUGGGCUUAUGAAAGACUUAAUGGAAUUUUUUCAAGCUUUGGCAACAACAACUCAGUUGAUCAAAUUCCAUUAA